AUGUCAAUGGACUCGUAUGGAGUCCGGAGGUCGGACACCACCAAAGGGCCGCCUCUGCGCAUCCUGUCUCUUGACGGCGGAGGCGUUCGAGGCUAUUCCAUGCUCAUCAUCAUCCAGGAACUCAUGCACCGAACCUUUGUCGAAACCGAAGGCCGCGCACCCAAACGACACGAAAUCCCGAAGCCAUGCGAGCACUUUGACCUCAUCAUCGGCACAGGCACCGGCGGCUUGAUCGCAAUCAUGCUGGGCAGGCUGCGCCUGGACUUGGAGACUUGCAAGGAGCUGUACGUCCGGAUGACGAAGAUGGUGUUUGAGACGGACAAGACGAUUGCGGGCAUUCCAUACCGAUCCACGCUUUUCAAGGCCAGCAAACUGGAGGAGGCCAUCAAGCAGGGAGUUUGGGAACAUACGGUCCACGGAAAAGAAGGCAACGACCACGAGGUAGAAGUCGUCAACCCCCUGCGUUCAUCAAGUCGCUCAAGCUCAGGAUCUGUAAAGCGACACACUAGCAACGCCAGUACUCUUAGUUUCAGUGCGCGCCAUCCUUCUGGCCAGGUAUCUACUCGACCGAUGAUGAAUAUGAGACAUGGCAACGGAAACGCAAGAUUAUACGAUGCCCGAGAGCACAGAACCAAGACUGCCGUAACAGCAAUGUACAAGGGAUCCCAGCGAGGAUCACCCCCCGUGUUGCUGCGCUCAUACGACUCUCGCAAAGAGCCUCCGCCAGAGUUUGACUGCAAGAUCUGGGAGGCCGGACGGGCGACUUGCUCGAUCGGUCUGGCCUUCAAGCCUGUUCAGAUUGGCCAGUCGAUAUUCCACGACGAUGGCGCUGGCACUUUCAACCCCGCACCCGAGGCGUUGGAUGAGGCAGUGAUUAACGAAUGGCCGGGACGAGAAGUGGGAGUGUUUGUCAGCGUUGGCACUGGAAGGCGGCCUCGUGGGAGUGACGGGAACCAGCAAGUAUGGUACGAGGGAUUCCUGGGUGAAUUCGCCGAGGCACGGAGAAAGAUGAUCUCCAAGAUUGAAGGCUGCGAAAAGAUUCACGAGUACAUGCUCCACGAGCAUCUUUCAAAGCGCGGCGUUAAUGUCGAAAACUACUACCGCCUCAACGUCGAAGUGGGCGUUGGUGAGUUUGGCAUGAAUGAGUGGAACCGACUCAGCGAAAUCAGCACUGGUACUCGACGAUACAUGUCCAAUCCAGACGAGCAGACGAUGAUCCACGGUAUCUCGACAAGGCUUGCCAAGAUCCACCGAGCAAAGAUUCGAUGGGAGCGCAACUCUGCCAACGUGCCCGAGUUGGUCAAGUCGACUUCAGACACCAACUAUGAGCAACCUUUUGCCAUCGAACUCCCCGGUGACAUGCCAACAACUUUUGCACACAGCCCGCAAACCCCCCGGAGCCGUUCAUCCUUUGAUUCUGCGCCGGAUAGUUUACAUCUACAGGCAAAUACCCUGUCUUCGCCCCGAGUCUCUAGCGACCACAUUCGACCGGGCACCGGGCACUCUCGUUACGGAAAACCGGCCCCUGUCCUCGACAGCAACGUGGUUGACAUGUCGUCCCCAAACCAGUACAGGAUUCCUCCAUUUGCUGAUGACAAGAUUGCCAUUAUGAGCCCCGACGAGGAGCCAAAGUAUCCGGCGCCGCUGUCACUCAAGUCGCCCACUCAGCCAGAGCCGCCAGCAGUGCCGGCCAAGAUGGCGCCGCCUCUGCCACCAAAGACGCCCAUUUCGGAAUAUGGCCACCGGCCUAGAGACUCGGAGACGUCGAUCCCGCCUUACCCACUAGACGAUGAUGAGAGGCCGCCUCCCAUCAACAUGGCACGGAAGCCAGAGUAUCUGCAGUAUUAA